UAACAAACAUAACGAAUAUUAAGCAAAAUUUUUAGAUCUUGUUUCCACAUUUUUAACAGGAAGUAAAUGGAGAAAUGGAUGGAUUGAUAGUAGAGUAUGUAAAAAUAUUACAAACUAGUUUUCCUAUUGUGUUUGUUCUUUAUGCGUGUCGCAUGAAGCAGAUUACUCAUUCCUAGAAUACUCUUCACAAACCAUUAACAGUCGUGAUUCAUGUUCUUUGAAAACUCUAAACUUUUGGCUUUCAAGAGGCAACUUAUCAUGGCAGUGCAAAAGUCUGGAUUUCAUAGCAGUAAAUGUGAUAAGGCUGAAUUCAAGUUCCUGCUGUCACAAGCCAAGAACAUAAUCUUCCUAACUGGUGCUGGUUGCAGUGCUGAGAGCGGUGUGCCAACAUUUCGUGGUGCUGGUGGUUUCUGGCGACGCCAUAGGGCUACAGACCUAGCCACACCAGAAGCAUUUAGUGCAAACCCAUCGUUGGUUUGGGAAUUUUACAGCUAUCGAAGGGAGGUUGUGUUGAGUAAGAAACCAAACCCUGCACAUUACGCCAUAGCCAAGUUUGAGGAAGACCUUGCCAGCCAAGGAAGACAGGUUCAUGUCAUUACCCAAAAUAUUGAUGGCUUUCAUCAAAAUGCUGGUUCCAAAAAUGUUAUUGAAUUACAUGGAUCAUUGUUUAAAACACGUUGUCUGAAGUGUGGUCAUAUUGAGGAUAAUAGAAGCAGCCCCAUUGUGCCAGCUUUGGCUGGAAGAGGUGAGCCAGAUGAAGAUGCUGAUGAUGCAAAAAUACCGACAGAAGAAUUACCUGAGUGCAGUAAAAGCGAAUGCAAAUCCCUUGUUCGUCCACACGUUGUUUGGUUUGGUGAGGCUUUGGAAGAAAAAGUGAUAAACAAAGCAAAUCUUAUUUUGCGUUCGUGCGAUUUCUGUUUUCUGGUGGGAACAUCUUCCGUGGUCUACCCAGCCGCGAGUUUCGCCCCUUUGCUAGCAGCUAGAGGUAUUCCCGUGGCCGAAUUUAAUCUUGAAGAGACUCCAGUUACCGAUGACUUCAGGUUCCAUUUUCAUGGUCAGGCUGGCCAAACACUUCCACAAAUGUUACAAGAAAAACAGAUCACCGAUAAAGAGAAUCGUUAGCAUAAGCAACACAAUAAAAGCUGCAUGAUGAAAACUUAUCAAAAUAUAUUUGACUACACUUAAAAACGUAUUAAUCUCUGUUACAUUACUAUCGAAAUACGAGGAUAAAAUUUCUUACAUCAAGUAUUUUCUAAGGUGGCUAAACUUACUUACACAUGUUGGAAAAUAUAUUAACUGCGCUUGUUAAAAACGGCAAAAUUUACGCCGUGUCGAAUGCCAUCAGUGGAAAUAGGACUUAUGCAACAAUAGGACAUGUAAAAACAAUAAAUAAUCUCUGCUAUACUUUGUUCUAUAAUGAUAACCCAAGAUCUUAGGUAAACUAGUUAGCAAGCUUUUGUAGAAACGUAAUUUACAAUGUUUCGUAAAUAAACUCGUGCAUUUUUGCUUG